UUUCAUUUAAAAACUAGGCGGGUUUUAUGAAUUUCCAUUAGAGUUAUUUAUUAAUUAAAUCAUUUUAAUCAGUUUUUAUUUAAUAAAAUUAAUAAAAUUAGUGAAAUUAGUAAGAAAUGUCGCUCGGGAGAGGCGAAAUGACCAGUCCCAGGGCUAGUUGGGACUUCAAUGCUCCUCAGUAUGUUGACUUUGUAAAAAUUUCUGCCGGACUUGAUGUAGACAGUCUGGAAGAGUUGGAAGAUUAUUUCAACUACGACCAUGAAGCUGGGACCAAAGUGAAUUUUGAAAAUGGCGCCGGUUUAGAAAUUCCCACAGAGAUGCCUGACACUGAUUCCCCGACAACGACAGUAGCAGAGGGUGAUAACAACGUUACCACCAACACCAAUUUAGCUAAUUGCUUCACGGGGCUCAAUGUCGUUGGAGUUAAACAGGAUUGUGAUCUAAUUUUGCCCAAAAAUAACUGCCCUGUUGGCAAUAAUUGCACUGAUAAUGGCUUGGCUCUCGAAAGCUCUUUUGCCAGAAGUGAAGCUGCAGACGUCAUGGCCAGUCCAUCCGAAUGUAGGAAUAGGUUCAGAACCAUCCUGACCAUCAAUAGUGCUAGGAAAAGAUUGUCGAUGUCGGUAGAUCGAGGGAGAGAGAAGAUGAGGCAAUUUAGAAUGCCAGCCGACUCAACUGAACUGGAGAAGCAGACUGCAGAAAGGAAAAGAAUUCCGUCCGAAAAGAGGUAUGUCCAAGUUGAAAUGGAAAUGAAACCUUCCCAUAGUAGGCAGCUGUUUGAUGGUCCCAUUGAAGAAAGGAUAAUUAAUGCACUUAUUUCUGACGUUAAGGCAGAAGAUGAUAAGAAAGCUAUGCAAAAAGCUAUACCACACCCUGGUGUUUCGUACAAAUUAUCUCAGAAUAUCAAGCUUACAGAGAUCAAGCCAUUCUCAUUUGAAAAACGUGAUCUACAACUUAUGGCUAAGAAGGAGGAAUUUAUCAGAAAAGUUUGGGAUGAGGAGAAAAAGGCGAGGAUAUUUAAAGCCCAACCAUUUCCAGAAAUCAUCUUCAGUCAAAAACCCUCGAAGCAGCAGCUGAAGCAGCUGCAGCCAAAGCAACUGCAGCAGCAGCCAAUCGCUACAUCCUCUUCUUCUCAGAAUCUUGCCAAUUCCAAAGUUACAGCCGCUAUUCCGUUUAAUUUUCAUACGCAGGUGAGAGCUUUAGCCAAGCAGCAACAACAACAUCACGUACAUCAACAGCAAAACGUUGCCGGUUGUAAUAAUGGGAGUGGUGCUGUUGCUAAUAAGCAACCGACAGCAACAACAGGGUCAUGUGAGAACAAAGAAAGCGUGAAGAACUUCAAAGCCAAGCCUGCUAGCGUCCUGCAAAAAAACCCCUUCAGACCAUCAAAAGCUCAUCAGCAUACUACCGACCAUGCAGCCUUCAGCUUGAACACGCAGCAACGAGCUGAGAAACGGGCAGAGUGGGAGUCGUACGUGAAACUGAAGGAACAGCGCAAGGAGGAGGAGAGACUGCUGGCAGAGCGACGAAAAGAAGAGGAGAAGCUGCAAGAAACCAAAAAGCUGAGAGCUCUGACUGUUCACAAAGCCAAUCCGGCUCCUAAUUUUAGAAGUUCGGUCGCGGUUUUGGCCGUGGCAUCUGCAUCGUCUUCAUCUUCCUCCACUCAGGAUGUUAGCUGUAGUGGUGGUGGUGGUAGUGGUGGCGUAGCCGCUCUUAAUAAGUCGUGCGUUAGCGUCGACGGAGCGAACCCAACAAGCAAAAUGGUGAACAAGGAGAAUGAAUCAUCAAACAAGCCGCCAGCCAGAAAAGGUUGUAUACCAAGAAAUAGUGCCAAACCAAAGGCCCAAAUCCAUGGCUCCUAUAGGCUAACUGGGAAUAUGUGUCUGUGUAUCUGUCUGUCUGUCUGUCUGUCUGUCUGUAUUUAUGUUAAUGACUAUGUCUUUUUGCAUGUGUGACGAGUAGUUUGUGUAUGAGUGUUUGUGUGUGUGUGUGUGUGUGUGUGUGUGUGUGUGUGUGUGUGUGUGUGUGUUGAGUGUAUAUAUAACAUGGUUGUGUGUGUUGUGUAUAUAUGUAUAUAUAUAUAUAUAUAUAUAUAUAUAUAUAUAUAUAUAUAUAUAUAUACUGUUGUAAUGUGAUUUCAUGUAUAGAACUGAAAUUAAUUUCUACAUGCAAUUAACCGCUCGAUGCAUGAUACAAAUCUUCUGCAAUUUUUCGUUCGUAAUCAUGUUUUUACUUUCCAGCUUCCUCACAUGGUGUUUCGCAAUUAAUAAUAAUAAUUUUUAUUGUCUUAUUAUUAUUUCUUGUAAAUGGCGACUUUGUGCCAUGUCUACUUUUGCUUGCAAUCAAAAAAAAGUAUUUGACUUCGUUUCAUUUUAUGAAAUUAUACCAAAAAUUUUUUCUUCUUGUUCUAGUUCGCGUAUGUAUUUGUGUGUGUGUGUGUGUGUGUGUGUGGUGUGUGUUUGAACCUUGUUUUGUUCGCUGUCGCGACAUGAUUCUAAUCAAAAUCUACUACAAAACAGAAAUACGCUCAGUCGAAUGUACUUGGUUCAUUUUGAAGAUUUUAAUAAAGGAUUUGAUUUUAAAUAGUGGCUAAUUUUGUUUGCCUUAAUAUUGCGGUGAUUUAUCGGUGGUUAGUUAAAUUAUUUAUAUUGAAAUAUUAUCAACUAAAAAUUAAUGCAUAUA